AUGGGCAACAAGCAAACCAUUUUCACUCCAGAGCAACUGGAUGCUUAUCAGGACUGCACAUUCUUUACAAGGAAAGAAAUUCUGAGACUGUUUUACAGAUACCGAGAUCUAGCCCCACAGCUAGUUCCACUCGACUACACAGAUAAACCAGAUGUGACACUUCCCUAUGAACUCAUUGGCAGCAUGCCAGAGCUGAAGGACAAUCCAUUCCGCCAGCGGAUAGCAGAGGUUUUCUCAGAGGAUGGAGAUGGCAAUAUGACUUUAGAUGAUUUUUUGGACAUGUUUUCAGUGCUAAGUGAAAUGGCUCCCAGAGACUUGAAAGCUUAUUAUGCUUUUAAAAUUUAUGAUUUUAACAAUGAUGAUUACAUAUGCAAAUCAGAUCUAGAGAAAACUGUUAACAAAUUAACACGAAAUGAACUUACCCCAGAAGAAGUGAGCCUUGUAUGUGAAAAGGUGAUUUACGAAGCUGAUGUGGACAACGAUGGCAAAUUGUCUUUGGAAGACUUUCAGCAUAUGAUAAUACGAGCUCCAGAUUUCCUCAGCACAUUUCACAUUCGAAUCUGAAUCUAGUGAACCACAUAGAUGGAAGUGCUUUUUGAA